GCCAUCCAUCCUACACCAGUCUUGGAAGGUGGGGUCAUUUCCUGGCUGCAAGAAGGCUGCCUACAUUCUUCACGCACAAUGUUCUGGUCAAAAAAACCAAGGCUGUUAAUAUUCCUGGUGUUCCAAUCUUUAGUUUUCCUUCUCCUCCUCCAGCAAUUUUACAGCCCUAGUCAAUGCCCUGGUCUGGCAGAGAAGUCAAGCCCUGUGCAUGUGUUGGUCUUGUCCUCCUGGCGCUCUGGCUCCUCCUUUGUGGGCCAGCUCUUCAGCCAGCACCCAGAUGUCUUUUACCUGAUGGAGCCAGCCUGGCACGUGUGGACGACCCUCUCCUCUGGCAGUGCUGGGCAGUUGCAGAUGGCCGUGAGAGACCUGAUUCGUUCAGUCUUCCUCUGUGACAUGAGUGUCUUUGAUGCCUACAUCGCCCAGGGUCUGAUGAAGCAGUCCAGCCUCUUCAUGUGGGAGACUAGUAGGGCACUGUGUUCCCCACCUGCAUGCCAUCUCUUUAACAGGGAGGCCAUCAUCCACUCAGCUGACUGUAAGAUCCUGUGUAGCAGACAGCCCUUCAACAUGGUGGAAGAAGCCUGUAAAUCCUACAGUCAUGUGGUGCUCAAGGAGGUGCGCUUCUUCAACUUGAAGACCCUCCAACCACUGCUGACUGACCCCUCCCUCAACCUGCACAUCAUUCACCUUAUCCGAGACCCCCGGGCGGUAUUUCGUUCCCGGCAAAACACAGAAAAGUCACUGACGCAAGACAGCCAUACAGUGGUAGGUAAUCAAUGGAUUAGAAUAAAGAGUGAAUACCGGCCCUACUACCUGAUGGAAGCUAUCUGCCAAAGCCAACUGGAGAUCUACAAGGCAGCACAGUUGCUACCAGACUCCCUACAAGAACGCUACCUGUUAAUACGCUAUGAGGACUUGGUGCAGGACCCACUGACCCAAACCUCCAAAUUGUAUGAAUUUGCAGGGUUACGUUUCCUGCCUCAGCUCCAAAUCUGGGUGCAUAACAUCACACAGGGCAAGGGCAUGGGAGAACAUGCCUUCCAAACAAACUCUAGGAAUGCCCAAAAUGUCUCCCAGGCCUGGCGUUGGUCCUUACCUCAUGAUAAGGUAGUCCAGGUACAGAAAGUUUGUAAAGACUACAUGAACCUGAUGGGCUACCUUCCUGUAUUGUCUGAGAAAGACCAGAGAAAUUUAUCAAUGAAACUUUUAUCUGCUCUUGAGAUUCCCUAA